AUGAUGACGGGCAACCCCCGCCUCUUUGACUUCUCCUCAGAUGGACCCAUCCCCUACGUCAUGCGUCAGAAACUCACCUCGAUUCCCACCCCCUCGCCCGGCCUGUCACUUUCUGGCAAGACGGUCCUUGUGACUGGGGCCACGUCGGGCGUGGGGUACGAGGCGGCCCGACAGCUCGCCCGUCUGGGGGCCAAGCUGGUGAUGGGGGUGAGAAACCUGCAACGGGCCGAAGCCGUCAAGCAGGAGUUCCUUGGUGAGAUUCCGGAGGCAUCCAUCGAGGCUUACCAACUCGACAUGGAAUCGCUCGACUCGGUCGACCGGUUUGUGAAGAGGCUGAGCGCCGAAGCAACCACACUCGACAUCGCGCUCCUCAAUGCAGGUCUCUUCACGAGAGACGAGCGCCGCGUUGACGGUGGAUGGUCACACCUCAUGCAAGUUAAUUUCCGCAGCACUGCAUACCUAGCCCUUUGCCUGGUCCCACUCCUCCGGCCAAAGACCGACGCGGGCUCGCCAACCAGCGGUGCCCAACCGGGGCGCCUCGUCUUGGUGUCAUCGGAGGCCCACGCCUGGUCGACUUAUCAGAUUCCGACCCAGGGUGAUAUUCUCUCCGAGUUCCAGCAGGAUGGCGUCAGCGUCAGACCCGACUUUGAGUACUACGCCGCCAAGCUGUUCCUUGCGCUCUUCGGACGCGAGUUGGCAGCCCGACUCGACCCGGCUGAGUUGGAGGUGGUGACGACUACCCCGGGCUUUUGCGCCUCGGGCUUCUUCCCCGACGCGGCCAGCAUCCCUACGAGGCUGAUCUACUUGACUUCUGCCCGGUCCUUGAGCCAGGGAGGGCGUUUACACGUGCAUGCCGCCACAUGCGCCGGCUCCAGCCUCUCGGGCAAAUAUCUGCGGGACGGCCACGUCAAUAAACUUUCGCCAUAUGCGGAGUCCGAUCAAGGGAGACAGCUCCAGGCGCGUCUUUGGGGAGAAAUGACGAAGCUUUGCGCGAGCAGGGGCGUGGAGCUCGAUUCCGGUCUGAGGCAGGCAUGA